GAUUCCCGUCUUUACUCUCAACAAUGUGGUUACUAUAUUCAUUAAAGAAAGUGCCAGACAUUGGCUUCGUCGAACAGUGCGUUUCAAGGCUUCGACCUCAUCAGUCCUAUGUCAUUUGUCGAAAAGAUAAAUACGAUUCAAUUUUCACAGCUACUAUCGAGACAGAUCUUUAUCCAUUACCCGAAGUUGUGGAUCCUCGGUCGAAACCAGUAAUACGUCUAACACAAACAAAAUCAAAUCGAUUUGAAGCAGUCGUCAGCGACAAUACCUUUAAGGGAUCCUAUUAUUUACAUGACUGUGACGUUAUUCGUAUCAUUAACAAAGAAGUUCGAUUUCGAGUUCGAUGGGAAGAUAUGAUGGUUUUUAAAGAUGGUCCGACCGAUGAUGAUUUUGAGGAUAUGGUCGAUGAAGCCGCUGUCUUUGGCUUCCAUCUCAUCACAGAGUGGCACAAGAACAUCACUCAUGUUUGGAUAUCAGAGGAACCCACAGAAGAAAUCAGCACGCAUUUACUCAGAGCCCUGAUGGAACAAAAGUACAUCGUCACCAAAGAUUGGCUGGUAAAAGACUUCCUGACAAGCACAGAUCGACGUUUUCUAUCAGGUGAAGUGUAUGAUACCAUCAAACCCGUGGUAUGGGAAAAUUACGGUCCUCUGAAACGCCGGGUGGAAUUAACCUUGGAUGAUCGUCGCUUGUCCUUGUUUAAUAAAAUGCGGUUUAUCGCAUUCGAUAGUCAGCAAGCCAAGCGUUUGGCUCCCUUGGUAUCCUUGGGAGGAGGAAAAGUAGUCUAUCAUGAUUUAUCUUCACAAGAGUUUAAGUUUAAUCCAAAUUAUAUCUUCAUUGCUCCACCUGAACAAAAACGCAGAAAAGUAGAACGAUGGGAGAUCCUGAAAGAAAGAAUUGACAGAAAAUAUAGUGAUAUAAGAGCGAUCGAAGAUGUGGAAAUAGGGUUUGCUAUCCUCUACUGUUCAACAGAUUACAUGUGUAAUCCUCACGCCUCUUUGGACUCUCUCGAUCUCAAUAGCGUAGACACUGCCACACCUUCCACAAAUACUAAUCAAGAUGACAAUCGUAGCCCAGAACGCCAUCAUCAAGCAUCAGAAAAUAACAUGGAGGACGGAAAAGGUAAAAACAAAGCAGAUCAUCCAACAUGUGCUGUACAAGCAAAUACAUCACGGGUUACAGAACCUCAUGUUUCAUCCUCAUCAUCUGUGGCUCCCUUGUUUACAACUUCAAAAAAGCCUUCAUCGGAAGCGAAUCAUAUAUCUCCGGUAAAUCCUACAUCGACAGCAAAAUCUACCUCUACACCUCCAUCUCCGACAAAUCAUGCAUCUUCAUCUGUUGCAUCUCCAGUAAAUCACACGUCUCCUAUCGGCAGUAUGUCUCCCGUUGGUCACAUGUCGCCCAUAGAAGCCAUGUCACCCAUGUACGAAGUGGAUGAGGAUAUACCUUUACCUUCGCUCCAUAAUUUAUUUGAUGAUUUCGUGGGUCCGCUCAAGGCAAGGCCUCCUCCCAAGAAACAGACGGCAGAAGCGUCCAGCGCCAAGGAUCUCGGUCCUACCACACAGAAUACAAUCAGGACUGAUUCGGCGCCCAAAACGCCCGAACCGAUUUCACCUCGUACAUCUUCUAGCUCUACGACUGCUCCGAUGACUGAUCGUAGCUCGAUUGCUGAUCGCAGCCCUAUCGCUGACCGUAGCCCUAUCGCUGAUCGUAGCCCUAUCGCUGACCGUAGCUCUACCACGGACUACGAUUCAACGACUGGGAAUAGCUCCGAAAUGAAUCACAGUACUAAUGUUGAUGAACAUGGCUCUACAAGUGACCGUGAUCCUGUAUCUGAUUCUAAUUCUACCGUUGUGAAUACAGCUCCCUUUCCCGAUUCUCAGGAUUCUGUUACAGUAGUUGAUCAACCAGAUGAUUUUUAUAGGACGGUCAAUGAAAAUGCUGACAGUUCCUCGCGCAACAGAGAAGUCAGCCCACAGCCAGAGACCUCCACCGUCUCGAAUCGGUUCAGAGACUUCUCAGCUAAUGCUAAUGUUUCCAGUUCUUUGCGCAACAGAGAAGUCAGCCCUCAGCCAGAGACCCCCAUUACCUCCAAUCGGUUCAGGGAUUUCUCUGCUAAUGUUAAUGUUUCUAGGUCUUUGCGCAACAGAGAAAGCAGCCCGCAACCCGAGAGCUCUACCGUCUCCAAUCGGUUCAAGGAUCUCUCUGUUGACUCCAACAUGUCUGGUUCCUCUUCUAAUAAAGCCAAGGCACCUCUCGAAAGAACAUUGAGCGGUUCAAGCGGGACGAAUAGGUUUGCAGAAUUCUCGUCUAGUUCCGAUCAUGCUAGUGCUUUAUCCAGUAGACCGACCAGGGCACGUGGGGAACAAUCCUUGUUGUCCCAAAUGGUGGGUCAAUCGCGAAAGCGAAAAGAUCUAUUGGGUGAUUUUAUGAGUUAUGAUGAUGAUACGACCCAUGAGCCAGAAGAAGAGAUUUCGUCCAAGAUACGAUAUUCAAAUGUUGUUUAUACAUCGCUUGUAGUCAAUUCACCUUCUUAUACUCCUCCUUCUCCUCAAGGAACGUCUGGCGGUGUGAAUUAUAAAGUGUUCAAGAAGGUAAGUUACAUGAUUUAUAUUUAAUAUUAGAUGAUCCGUACAACUUUUUUUUUUUGUUAAAAUAUGAAUAGAGACGACAUAAUAAUGAUGAAGAGAUGGUGAGAAUUGUUCCGAUGGUUACUAGCGAGCAACGACACCAAGAACAAAUACGAGAUAAUCAGCCUGGACAAUCCUCAAGAACGAACAGAAAUACAGGCAUGUUGGAAGAGGAUCCUUCUGAUAUUGACCCUCUUCUUCUUAUUCCGACGUCAAGAAGAGCAUACCGUUAAGCAAAACAAACAAACAGGAAAACUUACUACU